GCAACACUGGCCAAUAACGGGCCCGGGUGGAGUUCAAUUCCUGUUUGAAACCCUUGGAGCUCCAACGGGUUGCCGAAAGCGGGCCCGUAUUCGGUCCACCGAGGAUGUUUUCAUUGGGAGAGACGAUCGGACAAAAGGCCGUCCCCAGUCUGGCCCAGAUUUGAAAUCAGCCAUUGGGAUUGUAAUAAAAAGUUUUCAGGUCCGGAGGGUUCAUGGUUCAGGUUCAGGGACAUUACUUUCGUUAUUGUGAGAUGUUAACAUGACGGUCACGGCAUUCACUAAAGACGCUCCCGAUGGAGUCGUCCAGUCUAUCCCCGAAAAAGGCGUCGCUAGUCCUUUUGAUUUCCCUCUGACCAAAAAACUCCACAUCGUCGUGGCCGGCAUCUACUUUGUCUUCAACAGCUCCCUGGGCUCGUCGCUGUCUUCGGGCGCGACAAAUGAAAUCGCCCAAUACUUUGACAUCCCCAGCGAUGACCUCAAGCUGGUGCUUCUCACCUCGCUGUACAUGGCCGGCUUUGCCAUCGGGCCUGUCAUCUUUGGCCCGAUGAGCGAAUACUUUGGUCGGAAAUCCGUGCUGACCUGUACUUUUGCCAUCUAUCUCAUCUUCACCAUGGGAUGUGCGCUGGCACCAACAUUCCCUGCGCUGCUGGUCUUUCGCUUCUUCUGCGGCCUUGGAGGAUCUGCACCAAAUGCCGUGCUGGGCGGGUUGUAUUCCGACAUCUACAGCGAUCCGCAUACUCGCGGCCUCGUCAUGGGCUGGUUCAUGUUCGUCACCAUCUUUCCGCCUCUCCUCGGCCCGAUCAUCUCAGGCUACGUCUCGGUGAUCUCAUGGCGAUGGACAUUCUGGGUGGGUUUGAUUAUCGCAGGGGCUGGAUUUCCUCUGAUUCUCUUCAUGCCGGAGACGUAUAUGCCUGUGCUGGUGCAGCGACAUGAACGCGCCAUGAAUCCGGAUAGACUCACCGGCUGGGAACGGUUCCGGUUUGAAGCAAGGGAGUUUUCGAACAAGAUGGGCUCUGUUAUGAGUCGGCCGUUUGCGAUGAUCUUCCAAGAGCCGAUUGUGCUUUGCUGUUCGCUUUAUUUGGCGUUGGUUUACUCCGUUUUAUAUCUCUAUUUCGAGGCUUAUCCGAUUGUGUUUCAAAAACUAUACGGACUAUCCGCUGGUGUCAGUGGUCUCGCCUUUCUUCCUAUUCUCCCCGGCUCCAUCAUCGCCUUCAUCAUCUUCUUCCUCUACAGCUCCUACCACACCAAAGCCGCAAAGGCCAAUCUCCCCUGGGCCCACGUCGAGGAAUACCGGCGCCUCCCCCUCGCCUGCAUCGGCUGCCUCGGCAUCCCCAUCGCCCUCUUCUGGCUCGGCUGGUCCGCAAAACCCUCCAUCUCCCCGGUCAUGCCCAUGAUGUCAGGCAUCUUCUUCGGCUUCGGCUACCUCCUGAUUUUCAUGGCGUUGCUCAACUAUCUCACGGAUGCAUAUAAGCAGUUUUCUGCAUCGGCUGCGGCGGCGGCGAGUACGACGCGUUCGCUGUUCGCGGUUUGUCUACCGCUGGCCACGGAGAAGAUGUAUGGAAAUCUGGGAAUUAAUUGGGCCAGUUCUUUGUUGGGGUUCUGUGCGUUGGGGAUGGCGGUUAUUCCGUUUGUGUUUAUCAAGUAUGGGGUUUGGAUAAGGGGGAGAAGUAAAUUUGCGCAGAGGGCGGCGCAGGGGGAUGUUCUUCUUAUUAAGUAAUUAUUCAUAAUGAUAUAGAUUAGAUCAUGAUAGAUAGAUAGACUAUAUAAUAUAAAAGUUUUUGUUUUGGG